GUUGCUUCUUUCUCAAGCAUCAUGGCUGAGAACAACCACAUUAAGCUUCUCUACCACCAUUUCAUAUCCAAUGCUAUUUACAUAAUGCUUGUACCACUUCUCAUACUAUCUUUUAACUACUUGUCAUCCUCCACCACUGAUAACCUCCUCCAUGCUCUAUGGAUGACCAUGAGAAGUAACCUUCCUGUGGUCAUUAUUUGCGGAUGCUUUUUAUCUUUUUUCACCGUCUUUUACAUUGUUAGCCAUCCAAGGCAAGUAUACCUUGUCGACUUCUCUUGUUUCAAGCCUGGCGAGGAUUAUAAAGUUACGCGAGAAACUGCUCUAAAACAGUUCAUGAUCAAUGAUCAAUUCACCGAGGAGAGUGAAGCAUUCCAGAGGAAGAUGCUUGAGAGAUGCGGUAUCGGACAGGCAACAUACCUUCCUGAGUCACUGCUAGGCAAAGAACUCGACAUUUGCAUGACUUCUGGGAGGAAGGAGACCACCAUGGUUAUCUUCGGUGCUGUUGAUAAUCUCUUAAAGAAGACUGGCGUUAAGCCCAAAGAUAUCGGUGUUUUGAUUGUUAAUUGCAGUCUUUACAACCCGACGCCUUCACUCUCGGCGAUGAUUGUUAAUCACUACAAGCUGCGGGGCAAUGUUAUCAGUUACAGCCUUGGCGGUAUGGGUUGCAGUGCUGGUCUCAUUUCUGUGGACCUUGCCAAGCAACUCCUCCAGGUGCAUCGGAAUAGCUGUGCGUUAAUAGUUAGCACAGAGAACAUAACUCUCAAUGGUUACAUGGGCAAUAACCGAUCCAUGCUUGUCACAAACUGCCUGUUCCGUGUGGGUGGCGCUGCCAUUCUUAUCUCCAAUCUGCCAUCAGACAAAUGCCGAUCAAAAUAUGUGCUAUCGAACACAGUGCGUACGCAGAAGGGCGCAUAUGAUCACUGCUACAAUUGUGUUGUUCAAGAGGAAGACGAAGAUGGAUAUGUUGGUGUGGCUUUAUCGAAAAGCCUCAUGUCAGUGGCAGCAGAAACAUUGAAGGCUAACAUCACCACCAUAGGCCCUCUUGUUCUUCCAAUGUCUGAGCAACUACUCUUCAUUGCCACAUUGUUCCUCAGAAAGGUCUUCAAUUUAAACAUCAAGCCUUACAUCCCAGACUUUAAGCUGGCGUUCGAACAUUUCUGCAUUCACGCAGGAGGAAGAGCAGUGUUAGAUGAGCUUGAAAAGAACCUAAAUCUUAGAAAUUGGCACAUGGAACCUUCAAGGAUGACACUGUAUAGGUUUGGCAACACUUCUAGUAGCUCACUUUGGUAUGAGCUGGCAUAUAGUGAAGCUAAAGGGAGGAUCAACAAGGGUGAUAGAGUAUGGCAGAUAGCAUUUGGGUCUGGAUUCAAGUGCAACAGUGCAGUGUGGAGAGCUCUCAAGGUUGUGAAUGCAAUGGAGGAGAAGGACAACCCAUGGAUUGACGAAAUUAAUGACUUCCCCGUUGUUGUUCCAAAGAUGGUUUCACUCUCUGUGUAAUUAAUAAAUUAUAUAUUGAACGUGUAAUGCUAAUGCAAAUAUGUUGCUUUCUUCUAGAGCUAUAGUACUCUAUCAUUGUAGCCUUUCAAUCAUUCAAUG